AUGAACCACCGGCUGCUCAUUUCGGCUGUUCUCUUGCAACUCUUCGUCUCCGCAUCCGCCGCGAACUUCACCGAUGGCGAAUCGACUCUCCGGCUACGGACGCCGAACGGCGACAUGUGCGGUCAGCUCAUCCAACCGGCCGGCUACUCUUGCACCGAACACGCUAUCGAAACUACAGAUGGAUACUUGUUGGCUCUCCAGAGGGUUUCCUCCAGAAAUAGAAAUAUCACCUUGAAUCGUGGUCCUCCCGUAUUGCUUCAACAUGGACUCUUCAUGGGUGGUGAUUGCUGGUUUCUGAAUUCCCCUGAAGACUCACUAGGCUUCAUCCUUGCGGACCAGGGUUUUGAUGUAUGGGUUGGAAAUGUUCGUGGGACAUUCUGGAGUCAUGGGCAUGUAUCUUUGUCUGAGGACGACAAGGAAUUUUGGGAUUGGAGUUGGCAGGAAUUGGCGCUGUAUGACCUUGCAGGGAUGAUUAGUCACAUAUAUUCAGCCACAAAAUCAAAAGUUUUCCUUGUUGGUCAUUCUCAGGGAACGAUAAUGUCCUUGGCUGCACUCUCACAGCCAAAUAUUGUGAAAAUGGUUGAAGCUGCUGCGCUUCUAUGUCCGAUAUCUUAUUUGGAUCAUGUAACUGCUCCUCUUGUGCAUAAAAUGGUUACUUUACACAUCGAUCAGAUGAUUGUUGCCAUGGGAAUACAUCAGUUGAACUUCAGAAGUGAGUUUUUGAUCAACCUGUUGGACUCCUUAUGUGCGGACCUUCUACAUUGCGAUAACAUGCUGAGUUCCAUAACAGGGGAUAAUUGCUGCUUCAACGAUUCACGCAUCGAAUACUAUCUUGGAUACGAACCACACCCAUCAUCUGCUAAAAACCUGAGACAUCUUUUCCAGAUGAUUCGGAAGGGCACGUUCGCGAAGUAUGAUUAUGGGACGUUCAAAAACUUGCAGCUGUACGGGCAGGCUUCUCCACCCGUAUUCGAUCUAAGCCUGAUACCAGACGCCUUGCCAAUGUGGAUGGGAUAUGGUGGUCUGGAUGGGUUAGCUGACGUGGAUGAUAUGCAACACACACUGAAGGAGCUGGUGUGCAAGACAGAGUUGCUCUAUCUGGAGAACUACGGUCACAUCGACUUCCUACUCAGCGUUCGAGCCAAAGAAGAUGUUUAUGACCACAUUAUUGGGUUUUUCAGGUCGCUACUGGGCCAGUCCAGCAGUGCUUAG